GUCGUAGUAAAGGUCGGAACGGUCCAGUCAGAUCGCUGCUGUGGCGACGACCAGAGUCAAGCUGGACGGCGCCGCUGACACGAUGUCUUCCUGCUGUGCGUGCUUUGUCAGUCUGAGGGAAAAAUGUCCUCGACCGCAUGGACUCAUCAACCUGCUCAUCACCAAAGCGUGCAUGUUGGCGCUGCUGUUCGGGGUGUUGUGGGCGGUGACAGGGAAUGAGUGUUUGCCAGGAGGCAAAGUGUUUGGUAUCAUCAUCAUCUUCAUCAGCGCCGUGUUGGGAGGAAGACUGCUUGGACUGGUCCGCCUGCCCCGCCUUCCCCCCGUUCCACCUCUUCUUGGAAUGCUGCUGGCGGGCCUGGUACUGAGAAACGUUCCGUACGUAACAGACGCCGUCUACGUGGACGCUGCUUGGUCUGCAGCUUUGAGGAACAUGGCGCUGUCCAUCAUCCUGGCCCGAGCCGGUCUGGGCCUGGACCCUGCGGCGCUGCGUCGUCUGAAGGCCGUGUGCGUGCGUGUGGCUGUCGGGCCGUGCGUGCUGGAGGCGUGUCUGGUUGCCGUGGUUUCUCACUUCCUGUUGAAGCUGCCUUGGGCAUGGGGUUUCAUGCUGGGGUUUGUUCUGGCUGCCGUGUCUCCGGCCGUCGUGGUUCCCUCCAUGUUGCUGCUCCAAAAAGAAGGUUAUGGAACCGAGAAGGGCAUCCCGACCCUUCUGAUGGCUGCUGGCAGUUUUGACGACAUUUUGGCCAUCACAGGCUUUUCCACCUGUCUCGGCGUGGCCUUCUCCACAGGGACCACGUGGAUGAACGUUCUCAAGGGUCUGCUGGAGGUGGUGGGAGGGAUCGUCUCGGGUCUGGUCGUGGGCGUGUUCUUGUGUUUGUUCCCCAGUGUGGACCAGGAGGACUUGGUUAUGACCAGGACAUUCUUCCUGUUGGCGUUCUCCAUCUUCUCGGUCUUCUUUACUCAUGUAAUCGGAUCUUCCGGCGCCGGUGGUCUGUGCACGUUGGUUCUGGCCUUCUUGGCCGCCGUGGGUUGGGGCACUGACAAGGCAGCUGUGGCAGCCAUGUUGGCGAGGUGUUGGGACGUGUUCCAGCCCCUCCUCUUUGGCCUGAUUGGAGCAGAGAUGACCAUAGCAACACUCAGCAUCAGCACUGUAGGUUUAGGCAUAGCCGUGAUAAGCCUCGGUCUGCUGGUGCGACUGCUCGCCACAUUUGUGUUGGUGCAUUGUGCCGGCUUUGUGCUAAAAGAGAGGCUUUUUAUCGCCAUCGCCUGGCUGCCUAAAGCCACUGUGCAGGCUGCCAUUGGCUCCAAGGCUUUGGACACGGCCAGAGACGAGGGCGAUGAGGCCAAAAUCCAGUUUGGUUUGGAUGUGCUAACAUUAGCCGUGUUAGCCAUCUUGAUCACUGCCCCCAUUGGAGCGCUGGGCAUCGGCCUGGCAGGUCCACGCCUCCUGACACGGCAUGUCAAAGCGUCUGAGACGGGGGGCGGAGUUACAUCUCAGAGCGUUCAAGACCCUGUUACCUUUGAGAGCAGGCUUUGAUGACCUUUGACCUGUGAUGCUGCUGUUGACAUACUUCAUUCAUCAAGUGUUUCUGAAACUUUACACUUUUUAGAACAGGGGUGUCAAACUCAUUUUAGAUCAGGGGCCACAUGGAGAAAAAUCUACUCCCAAGCACAAAUGUACAAACCAUAAUGUUGUUGGGGUUUUUUACACUUACAUGUUGCGGUUAAUAAUUUAUUUGUCGUUUCUGAAUAAAUUAUGUGAAAAUGUUCAUCAGUCAACUCAUUGGUGUUAAUUUUCAAUCUAUCAAGAUAAUUUUUUUUAAUCAAAAUCAAAUACAGGAAGUUAUUUAUGUAGUUUGCUCAUUUUCCUCGACUGAUGUGCAAACGUGGUUUAUUUUGUACAUACUGUAUGUAGCAUCAUCUUCAAAGAUACAAAGAAUUGCUAUUGCGACAUCCAGUGGACACAUUUAGAACAGCUGUUUCAUUCAUUCAAAAAUUUCAGGUACAUUUUUAUACUUAGCAAACUCAUAAAUCCUGUUCCCUGGCCGUACGUUUGACACCACUGUUUUAGGAUGUAUUCAUGUAAACCAAGCACCAGUGUAUUUAUUUAUUAUCUGCA